CUGCCAGAACCCGACCGUGGUUUCCAGGGAAACUGGAAAUUGUGAAGCUUUUCUAUAGACACAGCCACAGCUAAGAGAGCGAGGAUUGCCUAACAUAGAUUAUUCUAGGGACAAACCUGCAGCCACUGCAAUCCCUAUCAAUCAACAGUGGAACUGUACGGACAGAUGUGGGUCUCUGUCAACAGUGAGAUUUUGCGAUGUUUGUCCCAUAUGUGAGAGAGAGAGAGUUGUGAAGAGACUUCAGUCUGACUUGGACUGCUGAGGUGCUUCCACCACUUUAAAUGCAGAGACAAAAUGGGAAGUCUGAAGGACAAGAUGAGAGGUCUCAGAGAGGACCGCAAGUCCUGUGAGAAGACGGACGAUGGAGAGCGUCCGGGCGGCUCCGACGGCAGCGCUGCGCCUGAGGGACCUGAGACAAACACGAGUCAAGAGUCAGCAACUCGUCAGCCACAACUUCACAUGAACCCCGGCUACGUUGAAGAGAGAGACCAGAGUGAAAAAUCCAAAGAUCGAGAGCUUUCAGGAGAGGGUUGCGUUAAAGAGUCUACGCAGACUGACACCGUCCCUCUUACACAACACACUGAAGACGAUGAAACAGCAGCAGCAGCAGCAGCAGCAGCAGCAGCUACACAUAACGACACGGCGGGCUCGAAUAAGUCCCCGGGUGACGGAGUUGGAGUUGGUGAAAUUCAGGAAGAGACGUCUAGGGAUAAAAACGUGGCUCAUGAAAUAGAAAAAAAGACAGCCAUUGAAAAUAUAUUGGUGCCUGUGCCAGCAAGUCCGGGCCCCUCAGAUCCACGAUCCCCAGCUCCUUGUGGCCAGCGCCACAUGCCCACACAGGUCAGCCUGGAGGUGGUCCAGUGUCGCUCUGCGGCCACCAGCCCCAUGACGCCUCCCGAGGGCGGCCACUCCUUCUUCUUCCCGAGCUCUUUUGGGAAGCCAGGAGCCGUGGGUGCCGUCACUAAAGACGCUGAGCUGCAGGUGGGUCACCAGGUGGAGUUCUGCUCCGUGGCCACGUCCCCCAUGACCCCUAAGACGCCCUCGACCACAGCUUUCCCAGAGCUCAGCGACAGAGAGGCGGCGCAGAAGCAGAAGGGGGAGAAUGUGAAAAAGAGUGACGCGCAGAGGGAGAGUGACAAACAAGAGAGUUUCCCCGUGACAAAAAGUCUACAAGAGGCCGAGCCCGAGAUAACUGGAGCUCUGGGAAGUAUCACGUCAAAGGAGCCGAGUGAGGGCUUCAGCUCAAAUGCGUCUCCAGAGAUCUCCGCCAGCUGCGCUGCUGCCGGGUUAGUAGUUUCACCUGUAACCCUGCGGGAUGGCAAUCAGCCGUGUAAACAGCAGAGGAUGGGGAGUAUGGACCAAGACAUCACCAUUCUGGUGACCCACUAUGGCAACAAUGAGGAGGAAGAGGGAGAGAAGUCGGAAUCAUCUUGUUUUACCAUUGAGCCAGAGAUGGUCAAAAUAGACGAAUAUGAGGAACUAAGAGAGAACAGCGGUGAUGUAAAGAGGGAGGACGGAAUGGAAAUGAUCUCCGCAGGAACGGUUGCCCCUGAUGUACAAGACGCCUCAAACUCCAACUGUGAAGAAUCCUCUGUGUCCGCUUGUGACGAACCAAAGACAAACGUGAACGCUGAAAGUUCAGAGGCGGGAGAAACCAAAGGUGCGUGCGGAGAGUUGAGAGACGCGACAAAGCCUCCCGUCCCUGAAUCUCCAGCCCCCUUCGGCUGCCACAACAUCCGCACUCAGGUGAGCCUGGAGGUGGUGCAGUGUCAGUCUGCGGCCACCAGCCCUAUGACCCCUCCCGAGGGCGACCAAGCCUUCUACUUCCCCAGCUCUCUGGGGAUGGGUGGAGGUGGAGGUGGAGGGGUCGGCACGGAGACCAAAGACGCCGAGCUGCAGGUGGGUCAGCAGGUGGAGUUUCGCUCUGUCGCUACAGCGCCCAUGACCCCGAGGACGCCCACCGUCACGUUUUUUCCUGAGAUCAGGAAGGACGCAAGCACAGAGGAGAAGAUAGUGGAGGAGGAAGAGGAGGACACACAGGCGCAGGUGGCGGAGGACAAAGAGGAGGAGAAAGUAAGCGGAGAGAAAAAAGAAGAAGACACAAAGGAGGCACCGGAUUGCGAGGAGCCGGUGCAGGAAGUGAGCUGGGAUGAAAAGGGGAUGACGUGGGAGGUGUACGGGGCGGUGGUGGAAGUGGCAGUGUUGGGCUCGGCCAUCCAGAAACACCUGGAGAAACAGGUGAAGAAGCAGAAGCCCUCCAUGCCUCCCCCUCCUCCGCUCAACCCCUCCGCCAUGCCCCUCACUCCCGAGUGCAUCCAGGGCGGGGGUUCUGGUUUUGGUUCGGGUAAGGGCCGGGCGGGGGAAAGGGGAGGGCGGGAUGGGGAGGUGAGCCGACGCAGAAGAAACCCCUUCCGUCAGCUGAUGGAGAACAUGCAGCAGCCUCACUGCUGCUCCAGAGCUCACACCGCGGAGUGACACGAGAAUCCCGUCGAGGAAACAACAGCUGGUUGGAGGAACACCUGAUCACAUGACACACGUGUCUGCGAUAGAGUGAUUUACUUCAACGAGACUUCAAAAUGGUGAGAAGGAAAUCACCUCACACCAGACAGACAAAAAAAGAAGCACAAAAGCAUUUAAUAUCCAACUUUUAUAAAAGAGCAUUAAGAAUCAACCAGCUCGUAGAAGAUGGGGUAUCGUUUUUUUCUCCUUUUCUUGGAGUUCCAUGUUCAGAAAAACGAUCAGUGCCAUCGUUAGCUCUUCUCCUUUAAUAUUUUUCACCAAGACCAUUCAAUUGUCCACUGAGUCAUUUUAGCUGUUGAUGUUUUUCUGUUUUUUUUUUUUUAAUGCACCUCAGACAAUAUGAAGCCAUGGCAAUCCUUCUGCUGGUUGCUUACAAGCUUAACACAGCUUUAACUGUGGGAGAGGAGUGACAGCUUUUGAUUGUGAUUUAUAAUGUGAUUUUGUUUCAAAUGUAUAUUAAGUUAAAAUUGAUCCCUGGCGUGUGUGUGUGUGUGCGUGCGUGCGUGCGUGCGUGUGUGCGUGUGUGUCUCCCUACCAUUAGUGCAGGCUUUUGUAUUGUAUUCUGCUUUUAGAUUUGGCACAAUGCUUUGACUUGUUUGUAUUGUGAAAGUAUAAAAAAUGUACAAAUGGCGAGCACAAUCAACACCUGAUAUGAUGAGGAUAUUUUUAGUCAUUACUACUUAAUGUAUUUUAAUGCCUUGAUUAGUGAUUCCGUUGUAAAAGAUGUGAUGAAACCUAUUUUAACUGUGUUUUAAUUCAAAGGUUGUUACAGUGCCAGUGGUGUUGGUGUUCAUACGUUGAGUUCAUAAAAGCGGGUUUAAAUCCACAUUUGGAGAAAUUGAUUUUUAUUCACGUUGCACUUGUGAUACAUUCAUUUAUAUGUCAGUAAACAGUGAAAUACUAUUUUUAAUCCACUGCUUGUAGGAAGUCACACUGCAUGAGUUUUUUUUUUAAAUAAGUAUCUCAAACUCAAAGCAAUCAAUGACAAAUUAAACAGGCAAAAGGUUAACCCUUUUGGCUGACAUGCGUUCAUAAAUAAGUAAUUCAUUCAUACUUUGAUAUUAUGCAAUAUUUUCUUCUUUUUGAAUUUGUUAUUUCUAAUAGAAGCAGCUGCAACACAAAUUAACAUUGUAUGUUGACAUAAUGUAUAAUACAGUUUGUUUCAAAGCAAACCAAACAGUUUUUAAACCGCCGCUUAAUAUACAGUAUUAACUAAAAUAAAGUGAUCAACAUGUGCAACAAA